AUGCGGAUCCACCACUACGACCCACCCGAACAUGUGUUCGUCGGUAGAGACCAAGAGUAUCGUGGCAUACUCGACUAUGUACAGUAUAGCGCCGAGGCGACAGCAUUCUUGCUGAAGGCUGGUGCAAAACACGAGCCCAGCACUCAUGAUCUCGCGUCUCUUCUUGCCAAGAACCCGACUCGUUUCCUCAACACCAUUGGUCAGGAAAAGUAUCUCGACUUGUUAAGGAAGCUAGCAGAGCACGCCGCAAACCUUUGGAAAGACAAAGACUUGGUCAAGACAUUGAUCAAUUCUAGAAUGCUGCUCGGAUACCGGGAUAUCAAGGAAGAUGUGAAAAAGGAGGAAGCCGAUGGUGAGGAUCUAGAUGAUCUCGACGAGCCAAACAUGCAUCGCGAAUGGUCUCUGAACAAACCCAGCGAGAUUGUCAUCAUUGAUAAUGUCCAGUACAUGACCCGCUUUCGCGACUUUAUCAUUGCCGCACCUCAAGAAGAGUUGGUCGAAGAAUUUUAUGCCCGCUUUGGCGUACAAAAGGUUUCUGAGCUUGUGAAGACGGAUCAGCGCAUCGGCACGCCUGCUCGCGACCAGACACCUGCACAGGAUUUGCGUAGGGGUAUCUUGGAACGUGCGAGGCUCUUUUUGCACGAGUAUGAGCGCGAUGCGUCCUCCAAAGCCAUCAGGCACGACGUCAAGUGGCUUGGAUCAAAUUUGACGGUGCAGUGCGUGUCCGACAUAUCUAUUCGGUACUCGCUUGUGGAGCGCAACGUGGCAACGUCAGUAAAGCGAUCUGCGGCUAUUGUCAAAGUGCGUGGUACAGGCUAUGUCUUGAGCAUCACUAACAAGUAUGAUCUCUACGACGUUUCAAGCGAACUUGUCAGGCUUCUAGUCACGCGUCCAAAGCGCAACGAUGCGAUUGCGCUCGAACGCAUUUUGACUGAGCCUCUACGCCGAUUGCAGCAAAAGGGUAUCAAUGUCGAGCGCAUUUUGCGCCGAAAAGAACACGAGGCUCGUAUUGCGCGACAAGUCGAGCAAGAACGUGAAGAAGAGGAACAGCAGCGUAUCAUGGAGCAAAACAAGUCUGGCCUUGCAUGCGCUCCAGAGACUGAAAAUGUUCCACCACAAACACCCGAAAAGCCAGUUCAGAUGCCAGGCUCUUUUGGUAGUCCCGAAGCGGGCAUGGAAGUUGCAGAGCAUGGCCGUCGAUUGGCAGACAAGGGACUGAUCAACAACUGGGCCAAAAAGCUUGGGUUCAAGACUGCAGCGGAACAACCGUUUGCUGGUACUGAUGGCCCUCAGAUCAGUCGCGAUAUUCAAGCCACCAGGUCCAACAUACAAAAUGCCAUCAAGGAAUGUCGGCCAACAGGCAUGGCCAAUAUCAAUACAAGGCAUCAUCAGGAUCCGACCGAGUUGGACAAGGGCGGUUACUGCAAUGGAGAGCAGUGGGAAAACCUGCACAAGGCAUUCGCUGUGCCUUUUGCUGGCCGACAGAUUGACGUUUACUAUGGCCGCGAUGAGAGUGCGCCUCGUGCUGAGCUUGCCAGUCCGUUGUCAGCCUUUCUGCCACUUAUCUUUGGCCUCACCACUGUCUUUGCAGUCAACCCGGCUGCCGUCUGCAUCUUUCUCGACCGCAAGUCAAACACAGUCGCUUUCAAUAUGAGCGGCACCCUCUUCUUCAACUUGGCUUGGUUUAUGGCCUUGCACAGUGAGGGAUGUGCAACCAAGCAGGGCAAGCUGAGGGCUCUCGACAGCUGGUUCUUCACCUAUUGCCACGAAUUGGCGCAUAAUCUCGUGGCGGACCACAAUGCAAGGCACAGUUGGUAUCAGCAGCAAAUCGCCAUAGAGUACAGCCAGCAGUAUCGUGCUGCCCUCGAGGACUUCACGCAGGGAUUACUGACUUGA